AAACAUGCGUUCCUUUGUAUUAUUCGCUCUUUUUGCGGUGGCUGCGGCCAAGCCUACUCCCGGAUUCCUAUCUGGUUGGGAUGCACCCUCUCUAAGCUACGGGCAUGACGCUGCACCCGCUUUCACGAUAUCGCACGCAGCGCCCGUGUACCAAGCAGCCCCUGUAGUCCACGCUGCCCCUGUGUACCACGCUGCCCCCGUGGUCCAUGCUGCCCCUGUUGCUGUCUCUAAAGCAGCCACUAGCUACUCGUCCUUCCAGCGCGUGAUCCACCCUGUUCAACACCAAGUUGUUGCACAGCCCGUGAUCCAUGCAGCCCCCGUGGUCCAUGCUGCCCCAGUGGUCGCCCAACCCAUUGUCCAUGCUGCCCCUGUCAUUUCUCAUGCCCCGAUCGCCACCUACGCUCAAUCCUACGGUCAUGGGUGGUAG